GCCGGGAGGACUCUCAUGCGCCGGGCGCGGCGGCGCCUCCCGGCAUCCAAGCCUCUCCCAGCCGCCUCAUCGCACUCCCUGGGCUGAGAGCGUCGCUGCACUCGCGGCCGGCGAUGCGGGGCCCCGGCGCGGCCGCGUCGCGUUCGCCCCUGGGCCUGUGCGCCCUGGUGCUGGCGCUGCUGGGCGCGCUGCCCGCGGGCGCCGGGGCGCAGCCCUACCACGGCGAGAAGGGCAUCUCGGUGCCGGACCACGGCUUCUGCCAGCCCAUCUCCAUCCCGCUGUGCACGGACAUCGCCUACAACCAGACCAUCCUGCCCAACCUGCUGGGCCACACGAACCAGGAGGACGCGGGCCUCGAGGUGCACCAGUUCUACCCGCUGGUGAAGGUGCAGUGCUCGCCCGAGCUGCGCUUCUUCCUGUGCUCCAUGUACGCGCCCGUGUGCACCGUGCUCGAUCAGGCCAUCCCGCCCUGCCGCUCUCUGUGCGAGCGCGCGCGCCAGGGCUGCGAGGCACUCAUGAACAAGUUCGGCUUCCAGUGGCCCGAGCGGCUGCGCUGCGAGAACUUCCCGGUGCACGGCGCCGGCGAGAUCUGCGUGGGCCAGAACACGUCCGACGGCUCCGGAGGCCCCGGCGGCGGCCCCACCGCCUACCCCACGGCGCCCUACCUGCCGGACCCGCCCUUCACCGCGCUGCCCCCGGGGGCUGCGGACGGCAGGGGCCGCGCCGCCUUCCCCUUCUCGUGCCCGCGCCAGCUCAAGGUGCCCCCCUACCUGGGCUACCGCUUCCUGGGCGAGCGCGACUGUGGCGCCCCUUGCGAGCCGGGCCGUGCCAACGGCCUCAUGUACUUCAAGGAGGAGGAGAGGCGCUUCGCCCGCCUCUGGGUGGGCGUGUGGUCCGUGCUGUGCUGCGCUUCGACCCUCUUCACCGUGCUCACCUACCUGGUGGACAUGCGGCGCUUCAGCUACCCAGAGCGGCCCAUCAUCUUCCUGUCGGGCUGCUACUUCAUGGUGGCCGUGGCGCACGUGGCGGGCUUCCUGCUGGAGGACCGCGCCGUGUGCGUGGAGCGCUUCUCGGACGACGGCUACCGCACGGUGGCGCAGGGCACCAAGAAGGAGGGCUGCACCAUCCUCUUCAUGGUGCUCUACUUCUUCGGCAUGGCCAGCUCCAUCUGGUGGGUCAUCCUGUCGCUCACCUGGUUCCUGGCGGCCGGCAUGAAGUGGGGCCACGAGGCCAUCGAGGCCAACUCGCAGUACUUCCACCUGGCCGCGUGGGCCGUGCCGGCCGUCAAGACCAUCACCAUCCUGGCCAUGGGCCAGGUGGACGGGGACCUGCUCAGCGGCGUGUGCUACGUGGGCCUCUCGAGCGUGGACGCGCUGCGGGGCUUCGUGCUGGCCCCGCUCUUCGUCUACCUCUUCAUCGGCACCUCCUUCCUGCUGGCCGGCUUCGUGUCGCUCUUCCGCAUCCGCACCAUCAUGAAGCACGACGGCACCAAGACGGAGAAGCUGGAGAAGCUGAUGGUGCGCAUCGGCGUGUUCUCGGUGCUCUACACCGUGCCCGCCACCAUCGUGCUGGCCUGCUACUUCUACGAGCAGGCCUUCCGCGAGCACUGGGAGCGCACCUGGCUCCUGCAGACGUGCAAGAGCUAUGCCGUGCCCUGCCCGCCCGGCCACUUCCCGCCCAUGAGCCCCGACUUCACGGUCUUCAUGAUCAAGUACCUGAUGACCAUGAUCGUGGGCAUCACCACGGGCUUCUGGAUCUGGUCGGGCAAGACCCUGCAGUCGUGGCGCCGCUUCUACCACAGACUCAGCCACAGCAGCAAGGGGGAGACUGCGGUAUGAGCCCCGGCCCCUCCCCCACACCCUGCCCGCGCCCACCCGCUGUGAGUGGGGGGGGGGAGGCGCCGCCGGGAGAGAACUGUCGGGUGGGUAGGGGGGCUUGUUUUGGUCACCACCUUUCCCUCCACCGGGAAACGACCGGGGAGCGAGUUGUUUGCAGAAUUGGGGUGGGGGCCGCGGAGGUGGGGGUUGGAAAGGAGGCCUUAGUGGAAAGUGGUUUGGAUCAACAGACUUCUGGCAAAGACUUUCAGGCUGAUGAUGAUGGUGGUGGUGGUGGUGAACGGUACGGGCCGGCGUGGGCCCCUGGAGAAGACCAAGACCGGGAGAGACUGCUCUAAGUUCUUGCUGGCUGCAGGCCGGGCGGGCCGAGAGCCAUCCCCUGCUGCAAGGCAAGUGGCCGGUCCUCACUGCCGAGCGGCCCCGCGGGAGCGGCCGCUUUGUUGGGAAGAGGGGGGCCUCCUGCAGUGUUCUUGUCAAGCGGUGGUCAAACCAUAAUCUCUUUUCACUGGGGCCAAACUGGAGCCCAGAUGGGUUAAUUUCCAGGGUCAGACGCUACACGUUGGCCUCCCCUGCCCCCUCCCGCCUGGUUUUCCUCCUCAGCCCCUUUCGGGACUUGUAAAAUAGGCAUUUGGAAGUGCUGGGAGCCCUGCCUGCUAAGAGCCCGAAAGCUAGGGAGCUAAAGAAGUGCCGAGAAGGUUUCAGGAUGAGGCCGGGGGCGGGGGCAGGGCCUGCAGCCGAAAGGAGGGCGUUUUAUUUAGUUUAGUACCCUGAAAAGAAGUGAUGACUUGUUGCUUUUCAAAACAGGAAUGCAUUUUUCCCCCUUGUCUUUGUUGUAAGAGACAAAAGAGGAAACCAAAGUGUCUCCCUGUGGAAAGGCAUAACUGUGAAGACGGCAACUUUUACAGGCAAAGCGGGGCAAAUCGGAGGUUUCCCUUUGGUUGGUAAUUGGGUUGAGAUAAACAUUCCUUUUUAAGGAAAAGUGAGGGAGGGUGUGCUUCCAUACCCGGUUCAGCCAGAGGUUCUGACUUGGCUGAAGGAAACCUAAGGAUGUUUUAUUGUUUGUUUUAAGUCAGUUUAAUUCAGAACACAUGAUCCAACAAGCUCUGUUCACAUGUUCAGGGAAAUCUUCCCUUCAUUUAUUUUUCUUGCUAUAAGCCUACAUGUAGGUUUUCUUUCUCAUUUUUUUUUCUCUCUUCAAUUUGGAUCCUUCAAGAUAAAAGGAAAAGCAUAAUGCCCUUCAGCAUAAUAAUAAAAGAAAGCUAAUUUAAAAAAAAAAAAAGCUAAGGAACCAGUUUGUCCAUUUGAUCAUGGUUCCAUAAAUCUGUUUAUAAAACAUCAUGUGUAUGCUGACCCCGUCCCCGGGGUCGGGUGGGGAGGUAGGUGAGCUGCAGAAAUGAGAAUAAACCAAGAGGAAAGUUUGAACCUCGGGCCCCCUUUUUAUAAAAAGUCAUUAAAAGAAGGUAAACUUCAAAGUGAUUCUGGAGUUCUUUGAAAUGUGCUGGAAGACAAAUUUACUAUUCUUAAAUGACGUUCUUCUUUUCUGUACCAGAACACGGAUUCUUUGGCAUAGUGGUGUAGCGCUGAGCAGGGAAUCAUGGGAGCUAACCCUCACUCCACCUUUGACAUGGCCGUCAGGUCUUGCAACACUGCCCUGUUUCUCAGAACAGUUUUUAAAUGCCCAUCAGAGGGUACCCUCUGGAGAACAAGUUACUUUCUGUGUGUGACGUUGAGUGGAGUGAAUUGAGUGGAGCUGCGUUUACAUUCAGCUUAAAAAUGAUCUUGUGUCGCUCAGACCUUCGAAACUGUCUCCUCUGUCAGAAAUUUUAAACUCCCACUACACAGGUUUGCUCAUCUUUUGUGUUAUAUCUCUUUAAGGUGCAUGUGAAAUUUGUAAGAUAGACAAGUGCAGUAUGUAUAUUUUGUAAAUCUCCCAUUUUUGUAAGAAAUAUAUAUUGUAUUUAUACAUUUUUACUUUGGAUUUUUGUUUUGCCUUUAAAAGUCUACAAUGAAGCCCCACUUUAUCACGUGUACAGAUCACAAAUAAAUUUUUUUUUAAAAUACAAAGUGGAUGUUUAUUUAGUUUACUGUCCAUCAGAACUUUUGUGUUCUGGAAGGAAGGUAGGGAGGCAGACCACUGGGCAGGGCCCAUCCAAAGGAGGAUGCUGUAGGGUAUUGAGGUCUUCCCUGCCUUUUAAAACACAGAGGCUAAUGAAUGCCUUGACUGUCCUUUAAUUUUUUUUUCUGCUGUCGCUGCUUCCUGUCUCCCUCCACCCCCUCCCCACCCACCCCCCCACACACACCCCUAAGCCUUUUCACAUCCUGCUUUGGAGGACCUAUUGAAAGUACUGAAUAAGCAUCUCUUUUAGAUGCUGUCUGAUCCACGUGUUUACCGCCCUUAGGAGAUGGAGUCUGUGUUUAAAAGAGGACUGAAAGAUGUUUUUGGCAUCCUCUGCUUUUCAGGUGGUGUUUUCCUUGGGGAGAAAGCGGUGGCUUUUUUUGUUUUGUAACUGAUUGGUGUUUUUGUAUUCUAAUGUGCCUUAUCUACAUUGUUAAUUCGGAAGCGCCUUGGGUUCAGGUGGUGGGGAAGAAGCAGCCGCUGCUUCCAGGUAUUCUUGGGGGCCUCGCUCCGCGGCCUGCUUAGCUGAAGGCUUCGUUCUGCCUUCGAGGUAAACCGAACCGGAGGGCAGGCAGCUCCCCGAGGUGGCAGUGACUCAGCAGCUGGGCCUGACCCCGGGAUGGCCUCAGAAGCCACUGGCGCUACUCUCUCCUCUGCUAGAAGAGGCUAACUUUGGAAUCAGCUCAGGCAGGGAAGCCUACGCGGUCCGGGCAUCCAAUACUCAGCAAGUCCCUCGGGGAGCCGGCCCAAUGUCCACCCACCCAUGUCUCUUCUGCCAUUCAGGAGCCAGAGUCCUGGCUCUGUGUCCUGUAGUCCCUUGCAGUUUCUAUAGUUCUAAAGCACAACAGAAACUCCCCUGGUUUUGUGUUAAUGAACAGGUUCGCGCACAGCCAGUGUGUUUCACAAACGUGCACGAAGAAAACUGGCGGCCAGCACUUCUCUCCCGGAGUGGGAAGCAGCAGGUCUAUACUCCUCGCUUUUCUUUAAGAUCCUCCUGGGCUUCCAAUAUCACAAUGACUGUGAGGUCAUCUUAACCUAGCAAGAGUUUGGCAUCGAGGAAGGAAAAAAAAAAAAAAAAACAGAUUUAUGGAACCAAGAUAAAUGACUUCAGGUCUCACGGGGUUUAUCCAGUUUUUGCUCAUAAAAUGACACCUUUUAGGUUACAGCAAACCCUAGGACUGCCUGUUAAGAGUGUUUGCUUUCAGAGUAGGAGGAAGGCUCCCAACGGGUGUUUUUUUUCUUCUUAUUUUUUUUUCCUUGCAAAUGAACUGCUGAAGGCACUUGGGCCCUUCUACCCCGAGCUGUGAGCUGUGUGGCUCUCGGAAGAACGUGUUGCCUUCCUCGGCUUUCAGGGCUCUGCAGUGAGGGAACAAAGCCGGUAUCUGAAUAAAUUGCCACCUCCUUUUUUGUAAGCAAAGAUAAAAGUGUUCAGUGUAAUUCCGUCCACACUGGGGCUAGCGCUCACGCUGGGGAUUCUUACCUAAGCAUUCUAGAAGCUUGGGUUUUUCUUAAGGAGUCGCAUCUCAGCAGAAAAUAUGUGUGGGGAGAGUGUUUGUGACAGGGCAUGUGUAGAGUUUAAGAAAAACAUUGGCAAGAGUUUGGUGUUAAUCCCCAGAUAAGGAGCCGAAACACUUGUGAAAAUUUCCUGCAGUUUAUAAAACAAAAGCAGUCUACACAGCAACCCCCCACGGGACACCUAAUCUUUUUAAGUAGGUAGGUGAGAAAUCUUGGCAGAAAAAAAAAAAAGUCCUGUUAACAUCUUAUCAUGAAAAAAGUAGUUUUUUGAAUGUGCUUGAUAUAAAUAGUGAUAUUAGAACUCCUCUGGGUCAGACUACAGUGGGCUGACAGCUGUGGGUUUGAGCCCUGUAAUUACACUGGGAAAAUCUCUCCUAACUCUGCCAUCUUUAAUUUCACUGAAGAGGCAGGUGGCUAUUUAUAGAUGGUAUAUUUUUAUAUAUGCAUAUGUGGAUGGUGAAUAACAGUCUACAGGGCUCCAGGAAAUCCUAGAAGGGACCAAAAACACUCCAGUGUGCACUUAAAUCAACAAUUCCAGGUCUGUUCCAUUUUCCCUUAUUUCCCCCACAGCAGCAUUAAACUGAUUUCAUAAAACCUGA